AUGGCAUUCAAACCACCAGCUUCGUCGUUACAGCAAUGUCUUCGCACAUUCGCAGCAUCUAAACGAGCUUCCUCCUCCUCCUGCUCCGCGAGAACAAUCCGCCCAACAGGCCCGCAACAGAGUCGUCUCGCCUCGACACAGCUCCAGCCUCUCUCCCACCGAUCCCAAGCCUGCGCCCUCUCCAUACCCCGUCUACGACAGCCCCGGCGGCAUUUCACCACGACGUUAGUCGCCCGCAAGGAAGAAAACACCUCCUCCUCCUCAUCUUCCGGCGCGGCCCAACCGCCGUCAUCGACACUAUACACCUUCAAUGACAUUCAGAGUCUGGCCGCGCACCCGGCGCCGAACCGCAUCAUCAUCGACGUGCGCGAGCCCUCCGAGCUGAAGUCGACGGGCAAGAUCCCUGGCGCCCACAACCUGCCCAUCAAGUCCGCCGCCGACGGCUUCUUCCUGGGCGCCGAGGAGUUCGAGGAGCGCUUCGGCUGGGAGAAGCCCACGGCCCGCGACGAGGUCAUCUUCUACUGCCGCGCCGGGGUGAGGAGUCGCGCGGCCGCGGCGCUGGCGGGACAGGCGGCGUUCGGCGGCAAGAUCGCUGAGUUCCCCGGCAGCUGGAUCGAGUGGGCGGAGAAGGGGGGCGAGGUGGAAAAGGUCUAG